CUUCCUUAACAGUCAUCAUCGACUGUUCCCUUCGACUCGUUCGGCGGCACAGCCAUAAAUAUAAGGACGUCGAACCAACCAAUGUCUACUUCCAGCCCAGUGAUUCCAACGAGCGGCUCACGGGCUGUCGUAUUUCGUGCCGCGAAAGAAGUUACUCGUAUCUUAAGGGAGGCGGAAUGGACUUUUGCGAUCUUGGGGAGUACGGCUUGCUAUCUCUACGGAAACAAACGCCUACCAAAUGACAUCGACAUUCUAAUGUCUUCACAUACCUGCGACUUAGAAAGGCUGAAAAAAUUCCUCGUCGCGAAGAACCCGGAUCGCUUCUACCUCGUGGACGCCAAAUCACCUAGAGCGACAUGGAAGGUUCUAUGGUACCACGAUUAUGGAGUGGACGGCCGGAAGUUGGAGAAAACAAAGGUCGAUAUUCUCCAACCGGGGGUUUUACAGUUGCCGAUGAUUUUUUCGGAGGCUAUCAUCGAUAAGCAGGGAUUCCCGGUCGUUCCCAUGUCUAUCCUCCUGCUGCACAAGCUCAAGGGGUGGAAGGAUAAUAUGGGAGCUGUGGCGCUGCGUCUUCGGAGAAAACAUGAUGCAAAUGUGCGAGAUAUAGUUUCGUUGUUGAGGAUCGUCGUUGAGGGUAUGAGUCCGCGGGAAAAGAUAAACUCGAAACGUUGGAGACAGUUUGCGCUUGCGCAAUUUGAUGAUGAAUUUCGAGAUGGAACGGAGCAGCGGGUGAAGUUGUUUUGUCGACGAUUUCCGGAGCACCGUGAUAUGUGGCAGCAGCUCGGAUGGUAAAUAUAUUUAACGACUUCAUCUGACGUACUCUGUACUUGUUUCUGUAAUAUUUAGUGACGUC